GAGGCGGAGUUUGGGCGCUUUCCUAUUGCAUCAGCUGGCACGAGUGGCGCAAGCAGAGGAUUUCCGGGCGUUCAAGCCCAAUUCUAUCUGUCGUCCACUCUCCUGUGCAGCCUAUCGUUUUGGAUUUUUUUUUUUUUUUCUUUGGGGUGAUUUGCCGAUGUCUGAGGAGAAAGCCCACAGUCCUUCAGGAAAGAUGGGAGGCGAGGAGAAGCCGGUGAGUGCCGCUGAGGAAAAGCGAAAGGAAGGAGGCAAGAAGAAGAACAAAGAAGGAUCUGGGGAUGGAGGUACAGAGUUGAAUCCUUGGCCUGAAUAUAUUAACACCCGUCUUGAGAUGUAUAAUAAACUAAAAGCAGAACAUGAUUCCAUUCUGGCAGAAAAGGCAGAGAAAGACAGCAAGCCAAUUAAAGUCACCCUGCCCGAUGGUAAACAGGUUGAUGCAGAGUCUUGGAAAACUACACCCUAUCAAAUUGCUUGUGGAAUUAGUCAAGGCCUGGCUGACAACACUGUUGUUGCUAAAGUGAAUAAAGUUGUCUGGGAUCUAGACCGUCCUCUGGAGGAAGAUUGUACCUUGGAGCUUCUCAAGUUUGAGGAUGAGGAAGCUCAAGCGGUAUAUUGGCACUCAAGUGCUCACAUAAUGGGUGAAGCCAUGGAAAGAGUCUAUGGUGGGUGUUUAUGUUACGGUCCACCAAUAGAAAAUGGAUUCUAUUACGACAUGUACCUUGAAGAAGGGGGUGUGUCCAGCAAUGAUUUCUCUUCGUUGGAGGCUUUAUGUAAGAAAAUCAUUAAAGAAAAACAAGCUUUUGAAAGACUAGAAAUUAAGAAGGAAACAUUAUUGGAAAUGUUUAAGUACAACAAGUUCAAAUGCAGAAUAUUGAACGAAAAAGUGAAUACUCCAACUACCACAGUCUAUAGGUGUGGCCCCUUGAUAGACCUCUGCCGGGGUCCUCACGUCAGACACACUGGCAAAAUUAAGACUUUGAAAAUACACAAAAAUUCCUCCACGUACUGGGAAGGCAAGGCAGAUAUGGAGACUCUCCAGAGGAUUUAUGGCAUUUCCUUCCCAGAUCCUAAAAUGUUGAAAGAAUGGGAGAAGUUCCAGGAGGAAGCUAAAAACCGAGAUCAUAGGAAAAUUGGGAGGGACCAAGAACUAUAUUUCUUCCAUGAACUCAGCCCUGGAAGUUGCUUUUUCCUGCCUAAAGGAGCAUACAUUUAUAAUACACUCAUUGACUUCAUCAGGAGCGAAUAUAGGAAACGAGGAUUCCAGGAGGUAGUCACCCCAAACAUCUACAACAGCCGACUCUGGGUGACCUCGGGCCACUGGCAGCACUACAGCGAUAACAUGUUCUCCUUUGAGGUGGAGAAGGAGCUCUUUGCUCUGAAACCCAUGAACUGCCCAGGACACUGCCUUAUGUUUGAUCAUCGGCCAAGAUCCUGGCGAGAAUUGCCUCUGCGAAUAGCUGAUUUUGGGGUGCUUCAUAGGAAUGAGCUGUCCGGAGCACUCACAGGACUCACGCGGGUGCGAAGGUUCCAGCAGGAUGAUGCUCACAUAUUCUGUGCCAUGGAGCAGAUUGAGGAUGAAAUAAAAGGUUGUUUGGAUUUUCUGCGUACAGUAUAUAGCAUAUUUGGAUUUUCUUUUAAAUUGAACCUGUCUACUCGCCCAGAAAAAUUCCUUGGAGAUAUUGAAGUAUGGAAUCAAGCUGAGAAACAACUGGAAAAUAGUCUGAAUGAGUUUGGUGAAAAGUGGGAGUUAAAUCCUGGAGAUGGAGCUUUCUAUGGUCCAAAGAUUGACAUACAGAUUAAAGAUGCCAUUGGUCGCUACCACCAGUGUGCAACAAUCCAGUUGGAUUUUCAGUUGCCCAUCAGAUUUAACCUUACUUUUGUGAGCCCUGAUGGCGAUGAUAAGAAAAGGCCAGUGAUUAUCCAUAGAGCUAUCUUGGGAUCAGUGGAAAGAAUGAUUGCUAUUCUCACUGAAAACUAUGGAGGCAAAUGGCCCUUCUGGCUGUCUCCUCGCCAAGUAAUGGUAGUUCCAGUGGGACCAACAUGUGAUGAAUAUGCCCAAAAGGUACAGCAGCAAUUCCACGAUGCUAAAUUCAUGGUGGACAUCGAUCUGGAUCCAGGCUGUACAUUAAACAAGAAGAUUAGAAAUGCACAGUUAGCACAGUACAACUUCAUCCUAGUUGUUGGUGAGAAAGAGAAAAGCAGCGGCACUGUGAAUAUCCGCACCAGAGAUAAUAAGGUGCAUGGAGAACGCACUAUUUCUGAAACCGUCGGGCGGCUGGAGCAGCUCAGGCAGUCCCGCAGCAAACAGGCAGAAGAAGAAUUUUAAGGAACACCUUGGCCCAGAUUGGCUCCGUGGAAAAAGAUGAAUAUGUUUCCAUAACAAUAACUUUGUGCUCUGGAAAACAUCAGUGUAUAAUGACUUUGGAAUAGUUUGGCAGAGUCUGCAGAGAUGACUGCAGGAUCAACCUUUUUUUGACCUAGACAGAUUUUAGACAAUAUAUAUUUGAAGGAGGUAAUUAAAAGUGACACAGUAAAAUGAUUUUAUUCAUUAAGUUUCUAGGUACUGGAAAUAAACCAUGAGGCAUGCUCUAAAGUAAUGGGGAAGAAUGUUCUUAUAAAUUUAAUGCAGCUGAAAUAAAAUUUUUUCAAAUUUGAUUAACAUACAAGAAAGAUUAGAAUUGGGUUAUAAUGUAAAAAUAAAAAUUUUAAUCACUGAUUUCACCUGCUCUAUCCCUUGGGUCUAUACAGACCUACCUGAAACAAAUUGUGUUAUUCAAUAUGUAUCUUUUGUGUUUUAUAACACAGAUGAUGUAAGUUGGGUGGAGGGGUAAAAUCUAGAGUGUAUGCUGUUCUCAAACUGGGGUACGAACCAGGCACCUGCUUCGCAGUCAUAGGAUGACAUCUUGUAGGAAUGUCAUUUAACUUUUUUGUAGAUACACAUCUUUUAUUUUAUUUAUUUUUUUAACAAUGAGACAUAUACAGCUUUAUUUCAUUGUCGUAAGAAGUCGUACUCCGGCAGAGGGACACAUUUCCUGUCUCAGCAGAAAGCGAAUGCUACGCCUGAAAAGCUCCUUCUUAAGAUUGGACUCUGUAACCCUGAGCUGACAUCCUGAUGCCCUCAAAGCUGGGCCCUUGCUGUGUGGCAGCUGCUUUCACCCUCCUCCUGGUGACCCUCGCUGGGCGGCUGUGACCCCCUCAAAUAGCAGUGACUAAACAAUUUCACCUGGGCAGGCUGCACUUACACAUGGCCCUUCUCCUCUCCCAAAAAGGAGUUUACAGGAUUAACUUUCUGAGAACUGGGUUCUGUCUGAAUUUCAUAUAGCCUCUAUUAAGUCUGCUGAAAUCAAGGCUAUACUUAAUAGUAUCAAAUUGUGUUAAUGUCGGUCCCUCACUCUCCAGCCAUUUUCUUAUCAUACAUAAUUUUCAGGCCACACCACUCCCUUUUUGGGCGAUUGACUGGAGAGUUUCUCCUGGGAGAUGCUUCUUGCAGAUGUGUGGUAUGUGGUGUCAGACACUGCAGAAACAUCCGUUUUACUCUGACAGAACAGAGACCUGGAAUUUUUUUCCACCUUUCUUUGCUAAGACAAUCCAAUCAGGUCACACUUCACUCCUUGGGAAGAACUCCAGGGUGCGUCAGAACCCCAUCAUUCAUGGGCUUCUAGGGAACAUCUCCCUCCCUUUUAUCUGUAGGACAGCAUGUGUGAAUUCAUGCGAACGGGAGAAGGUGGCUGGACAUCCAGCCUGCUUCUUUCUCUAGGUAACAGGCUCCCUUCUAUCGGUCACAAUCAGUCAACAGUCAAAACAGCAAUUACGAUCUUCCAUGUUCCUCAGAGCUGCCUUCUCCUGAAGUUGCUUUGCACAUCUUGUUGACCAAUUUGGAAUUGAGAAGAGAAUGGAGUGGCCUACCUAACCUAGAAAUCUGUUCUACAUGUUUCCCCUAAAAACAGCACUGAAGAUGCAAAAGAUGAGGUCCCCCCCCCUUUUUUUGCUCUACAAGAAAGCAUGUACACACUAACACAGACACGCAUGCUCAUACACAUACGUCAGGAUCAAAGAACGUAGUUGGGAAAGCACAGGGAAAAGCUGGCCAGAGAAGAUACGGCCAUCUGAUCAGCUAAAGAUGUGGAAUGUUACAGUGAUGGCAUGGAAGUGGUUCUUGGUACAUACAAAAAGGGGGGUGGCCAGGCAGAGGGGAUGAUAAAUCCAGGAUAUCAGAGAGAGUCAGUGGCCAUGGAGGAGUUAAAGAUACAUUCCAGUUGGCUGGAGGAAAUGUUAUAUUAUGGAGUGGUCAUUUGAAGGAGGAUGGACUUGCAUGGUCCAGUGGAGGAACAUCUGCUUAGCAGGACACCUCCAUGGUCUGGUGUCUGUCUAGAACAUCAGGGGACUCAGAAGUUUCUUGAGUUCCAUCUAACUGAUUGCUGCUGACAGAUGGACUGAAGGCACUUUCUCCAGAGCCGAUGCUGCUCGUGGUUGAGUGGGUUUGUGAUCAGGUGAGCCAGGUCAUGCUGGCAGAUGGGAUGUAGCCCACUCCCUGCAAAAAGUACUUAAAGGCCUCGGUGAGCUUCCCUGGGCUGAACUACUUGGGGUAGUCCACCACAGUCUGCCGUCUUUAGCAAGGUUGUAUUUACAGGAUCCAGGUGAGAACUGCAUUCAACCACAGCCUCAACUCCAGGUGAAUUGUCACCUACCACCAAUAAAGUAGAACAGUUUAAUGUUUUUGAUUUGUUACCAUUUUGUCCCAGGAGGGUCUUCAAUCUCCAAGUCUUUGUAUCUGUUAUAAGAACUCAGAAAGAGCUAUAGGUUUUCUUGGUUGAUAUCUUGGGCAAUAUGCAGUCUGUAGGUUUGAAUCAGGUUCAGGUUGGCUUGCAAUUCUUCUUGCCCAAAGUGAUGAGCCAAAAUAAUGUCCACAACAUUGGUUGUCAAUCCUGAGAGUUUGGAAGCUGCCCAGUCAAUCCAGCCUUUAGCACAAGGGUCAACAUUAACGAGCACGAGACCUUCCACAAGCUUUGGGUGAUUGAGAGCAAAUCUGCUGAGGAUGUAAGCUCCAACUCCAACCCCAGUGAUGCUUUUGGAAUUUAAGUGGGUGAGAACAGAAGGUAGCAUUUGGGCCCGCUCAUCCAUUGUGGGGUACUGGUACCCAGUUGGGAAAGAGGGUGCACCUUCCUUCUGGUCUGGGGCAUCCACAUGACAGACAGCAAAGUGCUGGGUGAUUUCUUGCAUAUCCUCAAAGUUAAAGAAUGCAUUGAAACAGGAUUUAUGAUUGAGGCCAAUGUAUGGUAUAUCCAAUAAAUGGUCUGUUUCCCUUUGGUAAGCCUCUUAUAGUGACAUGGACCAUCCAUGAGUUGUUUCUAUAUCAUGUUCCUUGGAUUUUAUUCUCACCCUUUCUCAAAUGAUCUCCUUCUAAGUAAAUUAUAUCAAAUUUUGUUUUUGUUUUUGUCUUUUCGCUAUUUCUUUGGGCCGCUCCCGCGGCAUAUGGAGGUUCUCAGGCUAGGGGUUGAAUCGGAGCUGUAGCUGCCGGCCUGCGCCACAGCCACAGCAACACGGGAUCUGAGCCUCAUCUGUGACCUACACCACAGCUCACGGCAACGCCGGAUCCUUAACCCACUGAGCAAGGGCAGGGACUGAACCCACAACCUCAUGGUUCCUAGUUGGAUUCGUUAACCACUGCGCCACGACGGGAACUCCAAUUAUAUCAAAUAUUAACAGCAAUCCAGUUCAACUGGUUCAACCUGACAGUCAAAGUCCUGGAAGUUUCGUGUACCAUUCUUAUCAUUUAGAAGUAGUUUGAUCUCUGUGAGUUGAACAUCCUGAAAUUCAUCCAUGAGGACAAAUGAAUCAGUAACUCUGAGGCUCCAGCAGCUGCUGUCAGUGCAGCAGCCCCGGCAGUGCAAGUUGGGCGGGAGAGGCUCUGCAGGUACCCAUCUUUGAAAACAAAGCCAACCAUGAAGAUAAUUUAGAGUAGAUUUGCACAAAGUGUUAGGAAGAAGGAUGAGUCUUAAAUAUAUAUUUCACAGAUACACAGAACAAAUUAGUGGUUACCAGUGGGGAGAGGGGAGAGUGGAAGGGCAAGAUGGGGGAGGGGAUGAAGGGGUGCAAAUUGAUACAUUGUAAAAUAUAGCUAAUAUUCUGUAAUAAAUAUAAAUGGAGUAAACCUUUAAAAACUGAAACACUACCCUGUAUACUUGUAACAUAAAGUAUUGUACAUCAACUGUACUUCAAUUAAAAAAGAAAAAUACA